UUUAUUUUUUAUCUGUACCGCCCGCCAUUUCUAUUUUAGUCGUGGUCCUACAAUGCCGGCUUCCUAUUUCUAUUACUUUUCUGAUAAGAACUGUGCUAUUUCAAGUUAGAACUAGCACACGAGUACAAUUCUCAUUGUUUUAUAUAUUCUACGUUACUUGAUAUCGGUUGAACAGGUAACAACCCCGAAAUAUGAAGCAGAUAUACAAAUACAGCCUCAGCCUGCUCUUGGCGUUAGCUGCAUACGCGACUGCCUCGAAAUUCAUCUUUGACAAGGUGUUUGAUACAACAGAAAUAGUCAUUGAUGAGCUAUUCCACAUCCCACAAGGCGUGGCGUACUGUGAACGGAAUUUUACAUACUGGGACCCGAAGAUCACGACUCUGCCAGGCCUGUAUUUAGUGUCCGCAGCCUUCCUUGGAACGCACUUACCCUGCGACACAUACCAUCUUCGACUAGUCAACUUAGUCGCUUCAUGUGUGAAUCUACUCUUGUUUUCGUCAAUAUUAAAGUUUGUUUACGGUAGCAACACUGAAAGCCAGUUUAAAAUAGUGUUGCAAGCAUUUAAUUUAGCUAUCCUUCCGCCUCUGUAUUUCUUCUCACAUGUGUAUUAUACCGAUACUCUGUCACUUACGUUUCUGUUGGCGUUUUCUCGGUUAUGUUUCACGAGUCAACAUAAAUUAUUCAUUUUAGUCUUCGGUCUGUGCAGUGUUAUGAUGCGUCAGACAAAUAUAGUCUUUGUAGCAAUGGUGUUAGGUCACAAAGUGCUAGAUAUUAUGAUUAAGAGCUCAAGAGUAUUCGGCAAUAAGUAUUUAACCAAAACCUUGUUGAAUAAAAAUUCUGUUAUAGCUCGGGAUGUUGAUGCUUCGAAGUUGAAACGGUAUUAUAGUAUGAACGAUGUGUAUCUGGCAUUAGGGUACCAUAUAACAACAUGCUUUGGGACGUUUUUCAAGUUCCUAACAAAACAAGACUGGUUAAUAAUACUUACACACAGCGUAACUCUCAUUUCGUUUGUAAGCUUUGUUUUUAAAAAUGGUUCUAUAGUUGUCGGUGAUAAAAAUGCUCAUGAGGCUACCCUGCAUUUACCUCAAAUGCUAUAUUUCCUCAUAUUCUACGGAGUCUUUGGAUUACCGUAUCUUGUAGCAAAAUUACCAUCAACUUUGAGGCUUAUGGCGAGAAAUAAAACUAAAAUAGUACUAUUCUGCAUUCUUUUUACUAUAAUAGUACAUUUUAAUACUGUGACACACCCAUACCUACUUGCUGAUAAUCGUCAUUAUACAUUUUAUGUAUGGAAUAGAUGGUUCGGGAAAUAUGCAUUUGCGAAAUAUGCGACGAUUCCGGCUUAUAUAUUCCUUCUUUUCAGUUUGUAUGAUAAUUUAAAGGACCAGAAUUGUAUUUCAUUUCUUUUGCCAUAUACUAUUAGUUUAUUUUUAGUGCUAGCAUUACAGAAAAUGAUUGAAAUUAGAUAUUUCUUAGUCCCAUACAUAGUUUUACGGUUAAGAUUUAUAAGACCCACAUAUAAAAUUGUUAUAUUUGAAUUUGUAUGGUAUUUGAUUAUUAAUGUUGUUACAUUUAAUUUGUUUUUCCAAAAGGAGAUUACAUGGAAAGAUUUUGGUUAUGCACAGAGAAUUAUAUGGUAAUGUUAAUACCUACUUAAGUAUAUUUGAAUUUAUUUCUU